AUCCGUGCGCAAACCUGCCUUGUAGAAAUGGAGGAAUAUGCGUUGCCGGUAGAUAUGGUGCUCAAUGUGUAUGCCGUGCCCCAUAUGUGGGAACAUAUUGUGAAACAGAUCCGUGUGCACCACUGCCUUGUAGAAAUGAAGGAAUGUGCGUUGUCGGUAGAAAUGGUGCCGAAUGUGUAUGCCGUCCGCCAUAUGUGGGAAGAUAUUGUGAAACAGAUCCGUGCGCACCACUGCCCUGCAGAAAUGACGGAAUGUGCGUUGUCGGUAGAAAUGGUGCCCAAUGUGUAUGCCGUCCUCCAUAUACGGGAAGAUAUUGUCAAACAGAUCCGUGCGCACAUCUGCCUUGUAGAAAUGAAGGAAUGUGCGUUGUUGGUAGACAUGGUGCCCAAUGUGUAUGCCGCCCUUCAUAUACGGGAAGAUAUUGUGAAACAGAUCCCUGCGCAGGACUGCCUUGUAGAAAUGGCGGAAUGUGCGUUGUCGGUAGAAAUGGUGCCCAAUGUGUAUGCCGUUCCCCAUAUGCGGGAACAUAUUGUGAAAGAGAUCCGUGCGCAGGACUGCCUUGUAGAAAUGGCGGAAUGUGCGUUGUUGGUAGAAACGGUGGUAUAUGUGUAUGCCGUGCCCCAUAUGAAGGAACGUAUUGUGAAAAUAGUAAAGAUACAAAUGCAGAUCAAUGUAGAAAUAUUAAUUGCAGAAAUGGUGGAAUGUGCAUAAACAGUAAGAGUGGCGCUCAAUGUCUAUGCCGUUUUCCUUAUGAGGGAAAAUUUUGCGAAACAGAUACAGAUCUAUGUAGAAACAUUGAUUGCGAAAAUGGCGGAAAGUGCAUUAACGGAAAGAGUGGUGCUGCAUGUCUAUGCCGUUUUCCUUAUAAGGGAGAAUUUUGUGAAAUAGAUCCGUGUGAAAUAAUUUCUUGUAGAAAUGGAGGAAUGUGCGCUGUCGGUUUAAAUGGUGCUCAAUGUUUAUGCCCUUCCCCAUAUGGGGGAAAUUUUUGUGAAAUAGAUACAGAUUUAUGCAGAAAUAUUACUUGCAGAAAUGGCGGAAAGUGUAUAAACAGUAAAAAUGGUGCUCAAUGUUUAUGCCGUUCUUCUUAUGAGGGAAACUUUUGUGAAAUAGAUCCGUGUGAAAACGUUACUUGUAGAAAUGGCGGAAAUUGCUUUGUAGGUAAAAAUGGAGCUCAAUGUUUAUGCCGUUAUCCUUAUGAGGGAAACUUUUGUGAAAUAGGUAAAUAUAUAGACAACGUUUUAAUUUUAAAAAGAAUAAGGAUUUGCAAA